AUGUGUGUGUGCAUAUGUGUGUGUGCAUAUGUGUGUGUGCAUAUGUGUGUGUGCAUAUGUGUGUGUGCAUAUUGCAUAUGUGUGUGUGUGCAUAUGUGUGUGUGUGCAUAUGUG